AUGGACUCUUCCGGUUUGCUUCAUUAUAGAACUGCGAAGCUGAGAAUACAGCGAAUUGACAACAUCACUCUGAGCACGGAAGGCAAAGAGCUUCUGUACGUCACGCCUCACGGCUUCAUCGGCGGGACGGGCUUGGUAUCAGCAUAUCUGAUGCAACAGGAUAUUAUGGAUGAGCGGCUUGAAAUCAUCCAUCAUUCCACCAAGCCCAUUUGCAAUCACGCGUGGCACUUCCAAACCAGAGUCGGCAGCUUCGCCAAAUCGAGUGCAGCGAGCGGGUUCCCCAUUCGUUCAGUGAGGCGUUCUGAUGACACGCUCUUCGCACUUUCGGGGCUAGAGGCCCUCGACUAA